AUGGGCUCGACAAGAGUUCAUUGCAGUGACUGCAACCAACUCACUGAGUUCACUAAGCCAGCCAAUGCUCCCAUUGCACAGCCACAGUAUGCCCCACAACAACUGGCUGCUGUUGGCAUGCAGGCACAGCCCCCUGCUCUUCAGCCAGGCCAAGUGUUAUCACAACCUGGGAUUGCUAUCCCAACUAGUUUGGCUUCCACUACACAAGUGGCUAGCGUCUCGUACCCUCCACCCGUUGCUAGCAACCGAGUGUCACCUGCUCAGCAGUCUCUUAAGCAACGCUUCUUCACAGGAACAGUGACCAAAAUUAUGGAUAACUUUGGUUUUGUGGAUGAAGAUGUUUUCUUUCAGAUGAAUUGCUGCAAAGGACCUUUACCAAAAUUGACUGAUAGAGUUCUGGUGGAGGCCUCGUAUAAUGCAAAUAUGCCUUUUAAGUGGAAUGCCACAAGGAUUCAAGUUUUACCAAACCAGAAUGUUGCUAGUAAUCAGAUGACCCAAGUGGCCAAUAGUCAACCUCUGGUGAUGAGCAGCCCCACAAUAGUUGGUUCCUCUCCACUAGCUGUAACUGGCACUGCUGUGACACCCACCAUGGCUCACACGCCUGUCAUGGCCCCAAGCAUUGCCCCACCUGUCUCACCCAGUAUCACUCCAUCCAUUCCAGCCCCCGUGGCAGCACCACCACCAGUGCAACCCCCUGCAAUAACUCAGCAACCUCCACCUUUGAUGGCACAAAUACGACAACCAGGACCUGCUCAACCACAACCACCACCUUUGAUCCAGCAAGGUGCUGCUGUACGAGUACCAAUGUCAUCAUCACGGCGCAGCAGCAUGGGGAUGAGAUUUGAUCGUGAUCGUGAGAGAGAGCAGAGAGACAAAGACAGGGAUAUGAGAGAACGAGAGAGAAGAGAUCAAAGAAGAGACAAGUCGUCCAGCAAGCGACCCCGGUCCCCAAGCAAUCACCGCUCACAUUCCCCUUCUCAGAGAGCACGUAGCCCAAAAAGACGACGUGGAAAUCCACGAGUUGUACCUAGAUAUGUUGUCCAAAUACCAAAGUUGUCUCUUGAAACGAAUGAAGCUAAUGUCAUUAUUUUGAAGUCACGUUACAGCAAUUUAUACAUCCCCAGUGACUUCUUCCAGGCCAACUUCACUUGGACAUCUGCUUUCCCACUUUUUCGUCCAUUCCAACUGGGCACUGACUGCACAUUUCAUGUCAUGCCUAAAGACACGGAACCUAUCACUUUGAAUGAUGCAGAGUCCAAUACUCCUACAUCAGAGCCAACAGAUGCUGAUCAUUUGUAUAGUGCCAAAGUAAUGUUAUUAUCAAGCCCUAAAAUAGAGGAAAUCUAUCAGAAAUGCUGUGGCUUGGGUGAAGAUUCCCAAGAUGGCUUCCGAGGUGAGCAAAUCGCAUAUCAGCACCCAACACGCAUGAUUCAGUUCCUUGUUGGACUGAAAGGCAAGAAUGAGCCUAUGGCAAUUGGUGGGCCCUGGUCUCCUUCUCUUGAUGGACCGAAUCCUGGUGACGAUCCUAAGGUCCUUAUCAAGACUGCUAUCCGUAACACAAAGGCACUAACCAAUAUUGAUCUCAGCAUGUGCACACAGUGGUAUCGAUUCGCAGAGAUACGGUACAUUCGUCCUGAGGAGAUGCACAAGGGCCGACUGGUGCCUGCUCGUGUUGAAACUGUCGUGCUUUUCUUACCAGAUGUGUGGAGUAUUCGCCCAACGUGCCUGGAGUGGGAUGCCCUCAGGGCUGCCUACAAAACUCACCUGCAGAAGCGACUAGCAGGCAGCAGCAGCAGCAGCAGUGGAGGUAGCAGCAGUGGGGGUGUCACUGGCGGGAGUAGUGGAGGAAGCGGCUCCGGAAAUGACCGCAAGGAUGACACUACGACUCAGGAAGAAGAAGAAAAUGCAAAUCCAGAGAAAGAACCAACUCAUUUUUCUGAACUGGACCCUAAAACGAUGAAGAUUGUUGAUCUCCGCCGUGAAUUAGAAGAUCGUAAUUUGAGUUCAAAGGGACUCAAGUCUCAGCUUAUUGCCCGACUGACAAAAGUUCUAAAAACUGAAAAGGAAGAAGAGGAAGAGCAAGAAAGUAACAAAGUGGCUGCUCUGGAAGAAGCAGUUAAAAAGCAAGAAGAGCUUCAGAAAAUGGAAGUGGAUGAUAAAGAUGAAAAGAAAAAGAAAGAGGAAGAAGAAAAGAAACGUAAAGAAGAAAAGGAGUUAGCUCUAAUGGAGCGCAAAUAUACCCUUCCAGAUAAGCCCUCCAUCAUUGUGCAUCCAUCAGCAACAGCUAAAGGAGGAAAAUUUGAUUGCACUGUUAUGUCCCUCAGUGUCUUACUGGACUAUCGUCAAGAAGACAAUAAAGAACAUUCUUUUGAGGUUUCCUUGUUUGCAGAAUUAUUCAAUGAAAUGCUGAUGCGUGAUUUUGGCUUUAAAAUUUACAAAGCUCUUGCUUUGGCUCCUGAAAAAAAAGAGGAUGACAAACUGAAGGACAAGAAAAAAUCUGAUGAAAAAUCUUCUUCAAAGGAUGAAAAGUCAUCACCAAAAGAUGAUCGGUCAUCAAAAGACAAGGAUUCUAAUAACAAGAGAAAAAAAUCCUCUAGUGAUAAGGAAGACAAGGAUGUGAAAAAGUUAGAUGAAGAAAAAUCUGAUAAGAGAAGAGAAGAGGACAGUGGCAAAGAAAUGAAUGGCAAUGAUGAAGAUAUGGAUGAAGAUGAUGAUGAUGAUGAGCCUGAUGAUGAUGAGAAAGAUGACAAGAGAGAUAAAGUGAAAAAAGACCGAGAUGAUAAAAAGAAAGAAAAGAGAAAAUAUCACACCACCGAUCCUUCCUUACUCUUGUCUUUUGUCUACUUUGACCAAAAUCAUACUGGUUACUUGUUGGACAAAGACAUUGAGGAAAUCAUCCACACAACAGGAAUGCAGUUGUCCCGGGCACAGGUUCGUAAGUUUGUUCAGAAACUUGUUACUCGAGAUGCUCUCAACUACAGGAAAUUGACUGAUAGACCUAAAUCUGAAGAUUCUUCAGAAGAUGGCAAAAUUGAUAUCAAAUCUACAGAGAUGGAUGACAUGAAAUUGGCUCAAGGUAAUUACAUGUACUUGAAUGCACAGAAGCACAAGAAUGCAUCAGAUGAUUUUAGUAAAACUCCAAAAAAGGAAAAAGAAGAUUUUGCUCCAAAUUCUGGCUUUAUCAGUUACAAUGGAGCUUUGAUAGACAUUGACAGCAUCACUCAGCGUCUUGAGAAGAGUGAAAAGAACAGGAGUGCCUUGGAGGAGAAAUUGCAAGACUUUACCAAUGAAAUCGAAAUUCUAAAAGACAAAGUGACCAAAGGAGAAGAGAUAAGCAAAAGGUUGCAAAUGGAAUUAGCUCUGAUGAAGAAGGAACGUGAGGAGCACAUAGAGACAGCAAACACUGCAGAGAACGAGAACAAAAGAUUGUACAGUGCUCUGAAGCAGUGUGAAAAAACUUUGACUGGACUCUUGAAAGGUGUCACCGCCAGCUUGUCCCCAACUUUACCUGACAAGAAAAAGAAAACAGAUAAGAAAGGGAAAAGUGAAAAUGAUACCGGAGAAUAA